AUGGCGGAUGCGGGUGCAGCGAGCUUACCUGGGGGAGACUCGGCGCUGCCGCCGCCUCCUCCUCCUCCCCCGCCGCCUCCCCCGCCGCCGGAGGAGCAAGAGCUGAGCCAGCGCCUCCGCCAGCUCUACCCGGCCGUCAACCCUGCCGAGACGCCGCUGCCGCGCGCCUGGAGCCCCAAGGACAAGUAUAGCUACAUCGGCCUCUCCCAGGGCAACCUCCGUGUUCACUACAAAGGACAUGGGAAAAAUCACAAGGAUGCUGCUUCUGUCAGGGCUACCCACCCCAUCCCUGCAGCCUGUGGAAUUUAUUAUUUUGAAGUGAAGAUAGUUAGUAAAGGAAGAGAUGGGUACAUGGGAAUAGGACUCUCUGCCCAAGGUGUCAACAUGAACAGACUUCCUGGUUGGGAUAAGCAUUCCUACGGCUAUCAUGGCGACGAUGGACACUCCUUCUGCUCAUCAGGGACAGGGCAGCCCUAUGGCCCCACUUUCACUACUGGCGAUGUCAUUGGCUGCUGCGUGAACCUCAUCAACAACACCUGCUUCUACACAAAGAACGGGCACAGUUUAGGUAUAGCCUUCACAGAUCUUCCUGCCAAUCUAUAUCCCACUGUGGGGCUCCAGACACCCGGAGAGAUUGUGGAUGCCAACUUUGGGCAACAGCCAUUUGUGUUCGACAUUGAAGACUAUAUGAGAGAGUGGCGAGCAAAGAUUCAGGGCACGAUUAAAAGGUUUCCCAUAGGUGACCAGCUAGGGGAAUGGCAAGCCAUGCUACAGAACAUGGUCUCUUCCUAUCUGGUACAUCAUGGAUAUUGUACUACAGCCACUGCCUUUGCCCGUGUGACAGAAAGUACAGUCCAGGAGGAACAGAUCUCCAUAAAGAACAGACAAAGAAUACAGAAGCUGGUUUUGGCAGGAAGAGUAGGUGAAGCCAUUGAAGCAACACAGCAGCUCUAUCCAGGGCUUCUAGAGCACAAUCCUAACCUCUUCUUCAUGUUAAAGUGCCGGCAGUUUGUGGAGAUGGUGAAUGGAACAGACAGCGAAGUGCGCUUUUUCAGUACCCGCAGCCCCAAAUCACAAGACAGCUAUCCUGAUUCCCCCAAUCUGAGUCCCCGACAUGGCUCCAAUAAUUUGCACAUCCACAUCACUGGAGCAGACAGCCCAAGCUGCAGCAAUGGGGUGACCUCCCUCAAAAGCAAACAGAGCCACAGUAAAUAUCCUGCACUGAGUUCCUCCUCCUCCUCCUCUUCCUCCUCCUCCCCUUCAUCUGUGAACUACUCAGAGUCCAACUCAACAGAUUCUACCAAAUCCCAGCAACAUAGCAGCACUAGCAACCAAGAAACCAGUGACAGUGAAAUGGAGAUGGAGGCAGAGCACUAUCCCAAUGGAAUCCUGGAGAAUUCAGCCACCCGAAUAAUGAAUGGCACUUACAAGCACGAAGAGAUUCUACAGACCGAUGAUUCCAGCAUGGAAGACGGCUGCCCUCAGAGGCAACUCUGCGGAGGGAACCACGCUGCCACCGAGCGGAUGAUCCAGUUCGGGCGGGAGCUCCAGAGCCUCAGUGAGCAGCUAUGCAGAGACUACGGCAAGAACACAACCCACAAAAAAAUGUUGCAGGAUGCAUUUAGCUUGUUAGCCUACUCUGACCCAUGGAACUGCCCAGUCGGUCAGCAGCUGGACCCAAUCCAGAGGGAACCUGUGUGUGCUGCACUCAAUAGCGCUAUUUUGGAGUCUCAGAACCUGCCAAAGCAGCCCCCGCUGCUGCUCGCCCUGGGCCAGGCCUCGGAGUGCUUGCGACUCAUGGCUCGCGUGGGCCUGGGCUCCUGCUCCUUCGCCAGAGUGGACGACUAUUUGCACUAGCCACCGAGUGAGGCAGAGUGACCCUUCCAGUUGCUGCCCUUUCACCUCUUCCUGCCUUUGCGGUUUCUCACCUGCGCCUGCCCUCCACCCGCUGCCCAGCAGCAGGACGCAGUGUUGACUGAGGCGGGAGGGGAGGAGGAGGAGGAGGAGGAGAGGACCCUUGACGCGCCUCCGUUGCUCGCCCUGGAAACUGCUCACAGGGCUGCCCCCCAUCCCAUCCCACCCCACCCUGCCCCUCCCAUCACAGCCCCAUCUUGCUCUGUCCCACAGCACUUGGCCUUCUCACUGGUCCCUCGGAUGUAGCGCCUUCUGACUUUA